ACACUGUUUUACUCUUCUGUCAGCAAACGAACAAACGAAAACGACGACGUAUAAGAAGAAAAAGAAAAACCCCUUUCUCAAUCACAUCGAUGAUUUAAUGGCGGACGAGAAUUCCACAGCGCAACCGUACGAAUCCCAAAACCCGCCCAAUUCCCAAAUCCCAAUUGAUCUUUUUGUGUCGAAGAAAUACGAAGGGAUCGGCAGCCGAGGGUUUCUCAGAUUUACCGAUUCAGCGGAUAAUUUGGUGUACACAGUGAAGAAAUCGGCCCACUCUGUAAAACUAGUAGUGGAUUCAUCCGGCGAUACUCUCUUCUCCAUACACCGAAUAAGCAAAGGUUCAUGGCAAGGCUUUAGGGGAAAAGAUGAAGAGAAGGACUUGAUAUUCACAGUAGACAAGACGCUAGAUGAGUCCAGUAGAACUGAAUUUAAAAUAUUAUUUUGUGAAAAGAACGACGAUUCGAAAACCGAGUUGCGUAUGAAAGGCUGCCCUUUCAAUAGAUCCUGCACCAUUUAUAAAGGCAAUUCCAUUGUAGCCGAGUCUAGCCUUAUGCACAAGCUUGGGUUUGAGAAACUUUUUGUUACUAGGAACCGUUUUCGUGUAACUAUUUUUCCUGGAUUCGCCGAUCACAGUUUAGUGGCUUCUCUCGUUGUUAUUUAUUUCGAUGGAAGAAGGUUUUGGAUAUGAGUUGAUUAAGUCGACGUAAUGGCAAAUUGCAUGUGAAAGAUUCACCCUAUUUAACUUGAAUGUAUAUUUUAUUCGAUUUGAGAUCAUUCGUUAAAA